AUGGAGUUGGGGUCCCGCCUGCAGAUCGUUCAGCGCCCCCCGCCCCCCGUCGCGGUCCACGAGAACCAGGCGAGCUGGGCCCCGGCCCGGGGCGGGGCCGGGGGCGGGGCCGGGGGGCGGGCCGGGGGUGGGCGGGCCCUGGGGUGGGCGGGGCAGGCGGCGGCUGCGGCGGCGGCUGGAGAAAAGUUGUCCCGGCCAGAGCGCGCGCUGCCGCGGGAUCCGGAGCCGCCGCGUCGCCACGGCGGGGGCAGGCGCGACCACCGGAUCCGCAGCCGGGCCGGCCGACUCGCAGCCGGGGGUCGCCCCCGGGCAUGGGACAGCCGGCGGGGACGGCGGGCCGGCGCUGCGCCCCGGGCGGGCGGAGGGCGGCCUGAGCUGCCGGGACGCAGGAUGCGCUCCGAGGGCGCGGCCCCCGGGCCGGUGGCGCCGCUGUGCGGGGCGCUCAGCCUGGUGCUCGGCGCGCUGCUGGGCAAAGUGAUCGAGGGCCGCGGCGUCACCGACGACGUGCACAGGUUCUCCUCGCGGCCGCCCUACCUGCCCGUGAGCUACCACAUCCUGGGGGCCGAAACCGCCUUCUUCCUGAAGGAGGCCAGCCAGGACGCCCUGCACAACUCCAGCCUGCGCACCAGAGUCGAGUCCUUCUUCACGUACAAGGCCACGAGGCCCCCGGCGCUCAACGCCAGCUACGGGCCCUUCUCCGUGCAGAAGGUGGUGCCCCUGGACCUGAUGGUCCCUUCCAACCUGCUGGGGCCAGCCAGCAAGUUCGGCCUCAACUGGAAGCUGAGGGCGCACAUCGUGCGGGACAAGGUGUACCUGAGCCGCCCCAAGGUGCAGGUGCUUUUCCAUCUGCUGGGCCGGGACUGGGCGGCGCGGAGCCCGGGCGAGAGACUGCCCUGCCUGCGGGUGUUCGCCUUCCGGGAGACCCGGGAGGUGCGGGCCGGCUGCCGGCUGCAGGGGGCCCUGGGGCUGUGCGUGGCCGAGCUGGAGCUGCUGGCCGGCUGGUUCGGGCCCCCCACCGUGCUGGCCGGGAGGAAGAAGGCGCCGGGGCCGCCCGAGGGGAGCCCCGUGGAGCUCUACUAUGCCGUGCAGCCGGGGGACGGGCGCGGGGACUGUGCCGGCGGCGGGGACGCCAGGAAGGGCAACUCCAUCCGGCCGGGGAGGGACGGGCCGGAGGAGGCCGUGCCCCGCCUGCAGAGGAUCGGGAGCGUCAGCCUCUACCGGGCCCAGGACAGCGCCCAGCUCCGCGAGCUGCGUCUGGACAGCAACGUGGCCAUCUGGCUGCCCUCCCAGCCCGUGAAACAAGGAGACGUGGUCACUGCCUACGUCAGCGUCGCCAACAACUCCACCGUGGACGUCUUCAUCCUGAGGUAGGUGCCCCGCCUGGCCCCUGGCAGCCUGGGCCCUUGGGCCCCUGCGGGGACCCUCUGGCUUCGCGGUGAAGCCACGUUCGUGCAUGCAGCCCCCCACGUGCAUUCGGCAGCGCCUCUUACGUCGUGGGUGAGGGGGCGGGAGGAAGGGGGCCAGAAACCGCUUCCGAAGGAAACAAGUGGGAAGGGAUCGCUCUUCUUUGACCUUGAGUUGCCAUCGAACUUGGAGGAGAAGGAUGUGAUUUUUCUUUAGCUUGAGUUCCUUUGUAGAUACACAGACAGCACUUGUGUGACGGAGACUGUAAGGUCCCAGGGCCCGAGAAAAGACCUAGGGUUUUUGAUGCUCCGUUUUGGGCGUGCGUGGGAAAAAGGGCAAGGACACGCCCUUUAUAAAAAAAUCCUUGAGGCUCAAUGCUGCCAAGUCGGGGCUGGGGAAGCCUCCGUUCCUGAGCCCAGGUUAGCGGUGAUUAAAGGAGAAAUCACCCCACGGAGGUGUUGCGUCUUCUAAAAAAAGAAAGAACAGAAAGUCAGUUGAAGCAACAGAAUAACCCGGCUGCCGUCACCGCUGCUGGCUCAGCAGGUGGCUCCGGUUCUAAUAGGGUUUCUCUGUGACUCUGUGUGACGAUUCUGAGUUCGGUACAGGAGCGUCUGUUAUCUGAGGAUUAUUCAUACUGGGGAAAAGCCACUUACGGCAAAUCCUCUUAAAAUGCGGACCCGGAUUUCAUAAUAAUGAGAAAAUAUUUGAUUGAGAUUUGUUUAAAAGAUAACGAUGAUAAGAAUCGCUUCCCUCCCCCCACCCC